CUGCAGAAGGAUGAUGUGUUUGACGUCACAAAGUUUACAACGUCACAGUCAAUGUGACGAAACAAUUGUCACUACAACAAAACUUGGAUACAUUAUGUCGGCGAUAGGUGUUUAUAUUAUUUACAAUAUUUUACUGAGUUUACUGAUUCUACACUGAAACCAAGUCAGUUCACUUUCAAAAUAUAUAAAUUAUUCCUUUGUAGACAACAAUGGAUCUUUUAGAUUUUGGAGAGGAGACUGUUAAAGAUGCGGAUACCAAACUAGCAAUUCUUAAGUUCGAAUAUAGUUGGGUGGAUGAGGUUGAGAGAGAAGAAAGAACAGCCAAGAAAACAAUGGAUCUUUUAGAUUUUGGAAUGGAAGCAGCAAAUGACGUGGAUACCAAACUGGCAAUUCUUAAAUUUGAUUACAACUGGUCUGAUGAAGUGGAGAGAGAAGAGGGAAUUAUGACGAAAACAAAUGAACUUUUGGAUUUUGGAAUGGAAGCUGUUAAAGAUGUGGAUACCAAACUGGCAAUUCUUAAAUUUGAUUAUAACUGGUCUGAGGAAGUGGAGAGAGAAGAGGGAAUUAUGAAGGAAGAAAAGGUGCUGGUCUUGAACCAAACAGAUGCCAAGAAAAAUAACCAACAGGUGUUGAAUGAGAAGAACGAACCCAUACAAAGAGAGACAAUUUUGGAUUUCGGUGAAGAGCCAGUUAGAGAUUUGGAUACAAAGCUAGAAAUAUUGAAGUUUGCCUACAGCUGGGCAACAGAGGUGGAGGAAAGUGAAGGAAAAACUAAGCAAGCCCAGCCGCAUGUAAAGUCAGAAGUCAGUACACAGAAAGAGAUUGAGAAAGAUGCUGCAAUGGACGAGUCAAAAGAGAAGAUGCCAGAUAUUCCAUCUAGAGCGACCUUGGAGGCUAAGACAAUGACAGAACAACUCCAGGAACACAUCUCUAAGGACGAGGCUCAGAGGGAGACAGAGCAACUUCAGAAACCCCUCUCCAAGGACAUGGCACAUGAAAUUACAAACCAGAUACAGAAUCUUCUUCCCAAGGAGGAGGCACAGGAGAAGAUGAAUGAUAAAUUAAGCAAACUCCCAGAGCUUCCCAAUGACAAGAGAUUAGAGAUCAGGAUGAGUUCGAAGGAGGAAGAAGUGUUCAGAAAUGGAAAAGAGCAAAAAGACUUAAAGCCAUUGACUGACAAUCAUACUGAUAAUGAUGACCACUUUAUACCAAGAAGACUUUUUCUUUUCGGGAUUGUUAACUUUAAGUUAGAAGAAACUACAGAGAAAAACGUCCACACAGAACCAGCAAACAAUCCCUAUUCUUCUGAGGAUAUCACGCAAAUGUCUAAACAAGGAGAAAAAAUGGUGCAUAAAUCGAAGAGGAGUAUUUGCAAAAGGAUAAAAAGAUUUCUUGGUCUAAGAUGAGAUCACACCAAUCUAUUGUUAAACCCGAGGACUUUCAUUAAUUGUAGAUGAAUAUAAUUAUUUUAAAAGAUUCACUUCAUUUAA